GGAUACAGAGGCAUUAUUCGCGUCAUUUGUUUUGGAUUUAGGGGUGUGGAAAGUGAAAAGGAAAUAGGGUACGUGGGAACUGUGGCAGAGGGAGAAAGAAAGGAAAAUGGGGUGGUGUGCAAUAAUGAAGGGUGGGAUGGGACCAAGUGGCAGGGCGUGGGAGAGGACGAACAUGACAUUGUCGGUUGUUUUUUGUGUUCAGAUCGAUUGUUAAUCUCAUCAGUUGUUUCCCACUCAUCUCUCCUCUUUCUUCCCUUUCUCUCUCUUCUUUCUCUCUCUCUCUCUCUCCUUAGCUUCAUCACAAGCAACCGAGCUGUCUCUUGUUGGAUACUUAGUUGGCUGUUGGAACCACUGCAACACACUCAAGAACACACCCACCCCACUCUUACACUACCCCCCCUCCCCCAUUCUUUCCUAAUCUUCAGUUUUCUCGUUGUUAUAGUAUGAAAUCCUGCAGCCCUUUUGUGUGUUUGUUUUGAAAAUCUUGAUUAGUGAGGGUUUAAGUUGGUGUUACCGAGGUUUGUAGAGUUCAAGAUUUGAGAUGGUUUUUGCUGGUUUGUUUGUGUGCUUCUCUCACGUUUUGGGUUGUGGGUUGGUCAGAUUUGUACACAACCUGAGCGUUAUCAGGAUCAUCAAUUCAGACAAUUGUAGUUAGUUAGUUAAGCUAUUCUUUGAUCAUUACUACCAUAAACACUUGGUAAGGGAAUUGUCGUGGUUGAGAUAAUUUUUAGGGUUUUGUCAAGAACAGGCAGAGAUGUCGUCGAUACCUGGUGAAGACAAGGAAAUGAGGAUGCAAGCUCCCUCUUUAGGCUAUAACAUCAACUCCCUCGAAAACCCGAUAAGCGCGCCGGAGAAAGCAAGAACCUUGGACCCGAAUUCCGGCGGAUCCAAGUCCAAUAAACCCACCAACCUGAGAAUCAGCUACCGCGAAUGCCUCAAGAACCAUGCUGCCAGCAUCGGCGGAAACGUCACCGACGGCUGCGGAGAGUUCAUGCCCAGCGGGGAAGAAGGAACUCUCGAAGCCCUGAAAUGCGCCGCCUGCAAUUGCCACCGCAACUUCCACCGCAAGGAGCACCACGGCGAAUCCGCCGCCGCGGCAGCAAUGGUGCACCCCCUUCAGCUCCCUGCCCCCCUCCCCUCUCCCUCAAUGAGCCAGCACCGCGCCACCCACUGGAGUUCAAUGGUACAGCCCGUCAAAAUGGCUUUCGGCAGCGGCGGCGGUGGUGGAAGUGCCGGCACUGACUCUUCCAGCGCUCAACUCAACUUCAACGCCUUUCACUCAAACGCAGUAGCGCCCCCGCCGCCGCAGUUCGUGACCAAGAAGCGAUUUCGUACGAAGUUCACGGCGGAGCAGAAGGAGAAAAUGCUGGAAUUCGCGGAGAAGCUGGGGUGGAGGAUCCCCAGAGAAGAUGACACAGAAGUGCAGAGGUUUUGUGCUGAGGUUGGAGUCAAGAGACAGGUUUUCAAAGUUUGGAUGCAUAAUAACAAGAGUUCUUCCAAGAAAAAUCCCCAAGAAUUCUAGACUUCAUCUAUAUAUAUAUAUAUAAUGCAUUUGGAGGGAUGGCAUUUUAAUUUAGUGUAGUAGAAUUAAUGGUAUGUUGAUAGGCAUUGCAAUAUUGCAUAUGCAUGCUUUAAUUCUAAAUUAGUAAGAACUUCAUCUACUCAAAUUUCUUCAAUUAAUUUGAUGGUUUUUCUA